AUGUCAACAUACGCAUCAACAACAACAACAACAACACUUGGUCCAAAAUUAUCACCGUCCAUAAUUCAAAAGGACGAACAACAAUGUUUACCAAUAAAUACUUUACAUAUCGAUCGAUUAUGUUCAAAAACAUGUCGUGCACAAAAAACUCCAUUCGAAAAAUUAGACAAUAUCAAUCAAUUAUUAUUAAAUUCACAUUAUUUACCAUUUUGUUCAAAUUAUACAUUAAAUCAUUCGAUAAAUCAAACAAAUUUUUUCAACGAAAUAACAGAAAACGAAUGUCGAAAAAUUUUCAAUCAAUUAAUUAUAGACGACGAAGAAGCUCGAAAAGCAUCAAUAUUAUUUGCUACUUAUAUGCAAGCUAUCGAUUCAGCAUUAGCCGAAAAUCGUUAUUCAAUAAUCAAUUCCGAUUGUCUAAAAGCUUAUCAAACAUGGACUUGUUCAGUCAAAAUUCGAUAUUUUUAUCAAAAUCAUCUUAUACCACCUUGUCAUACGAUCUGUGAUGAAGUCGAGCGUGUUUGUCCUACAUUUAGACCCAGUGAUCGUGAACCAUUAUUUGCUGGACAACCAUUGUUCUUUUGCAAUGGAGGUAUUGUACCAAAUCGUGAUUAUGGACAACAACCAUAUUGUUUUGAUACAUGUCAUUUAGCUGAUGGUUCAUUUCAACUGCAUUCCGUCUCGUCAUCAUCAAACAAAUCGAUAUUGACAAAAACUAAUGAAGAUCAUGUGACUAGAUUACCAUGUUUUGAAAUUGAACUUUUACCAUUUUCUCCAUCUGAAGAAUUAUUAUUACCUUUAUCUAUUAAUAAUUCAUUAUUCAAUUAUACAAAUAAUACAUCUAUUUCUGCAUCAGCUAUAUCCAUUAUAUCGUCAGUUUGGUCAACUAUUAUUGUCAAUAUUUUAACUUAUAUUUUCAUUUUUCUAUUCAGAUUAUUAUAA